AUGGCUCCCCCGAUACUCAACUCGCCAAUUCAGCUGUCACCAGCGGCGGCGCUGGCCUUAUCCCAGCAAACUCCCGCGUUCUUGCGCAGCUCGCCAUCGACCGUGUCAUCAUCGCCUCUCAGCACCUUAUUCUCCGGCCCCGAGAAGUCAGAACAAUGGCUACAAUACGAAAACCUGAUCGUGUCGUGUCUGCGAACGGGAGAUGACCAGGCCGCCCAUCAAUGCCUCCAGCGCCUCGUCGCCCGUUUCGGAGACGACAACGAGCGGGUGCAGGCGAUCAGGGGACUGGUAAAGGAAGCCGAGGCCCAAGGCAACGGAGCGUUGGAGGAAGUGCUGAAUGAGUACAACCAAAUUCUGAAUGAGAAUGAUGCCAAUAUUCCUAUUGCGAAGAGGCGAGUCGCGCUAUUGCGGUCCAUGGGACGUCUUCCCGACGCGGCGUCAGCUCUCGUGCAGCUUCUUGACUUCUCCCCCACCGAUGCCGAAGCCUGGUCUGAGUUGUCGGAUAUCUAUCUCUCCCAGGGCUUGUACCCACAGGCCAUCUACGCCAUGGAGGAGGUCUUGGUAUUGGCGCCAAAUGCAUGGAAUGUAUGCAGUCCGACCAAGGCACCGAACCUCAGCCCUAUGCUAAUGCACCCAUCACAGAUCCAUGCGCGAUUGGGGGAGCUGCAGUACAUGGCCGCGACUGCCCCGGGCCUGGCCAAUGGCUUGUAUCAAAAGUACAUGGCUGAGGCGGUCAAGCGUUUCUCGCGGAGUAUCGAGUUGUGCGACGAUUAUCUCCGAGGAUACUACGGUCUAAAGCUGGUCUCCAAGAGGUUGCUCAACGAUGGCACCAAGGCAAUAAGGCCAGCAGAUGACAGCGAGUUCGCACUGCCAGACACCAACACCAUUGAACAGCUUAAUGAGCUGGCCACGGCCAAGCUUUCCGAAAUUGUCCGACACAGCGCCGCGAGUGACCGGGGUUGGCGUGGUUACAGCGAAGCUGAGGUUGCUGCAGCUCGAGACUUGCUUGCUGACGAUGCAUCUGCAAUCAAGAGGUGA